UCAGUCAGCUGUUUGUUGAUACAAACACAACAUUUUGUAUGGAUGUAAAUAAUAGUAAUAUUUAAAUUUUUGUACACAACUUGAAGAAAAUAUGUUGAAAAUUUGUCGCCUCGACGAAUGCAGCAGACAAAUUCGAACUUCCCAAUGGCUGCGACGCAAAAUGAGUAAAAAUUCCAAUGCAGAAACCCAAAUCGAUGGCUAUCGAUGGCAAAAGCCAUGCGGGGAAGACACCGGCAUCCAAAUCUACAAUCACACUGUGCGUGGCAAGGUGCCGCUGGUGCUGCGCAAUCCACACGUGGUCACCUGGUACACCUGCGGCCCAACGGUCUAUGACAAGACGCACGUGGGUCAUGCGAGCACUUACGUCAAAGUGGAUAUCAUCCAACGCAUAUUGCGUGAUUACUUUAAAUAUAAUCUAGUCACGGCUAUGAAUAUAACCGAUGUCGAUGACAAGAUCAUCAAGCGAAGCCGUGAAACGGGUCGCAAUUGGUUGGAACUGGCUCAGGCCUUUGCGGCGGAGUUCAAACUGGACAUGCACCGCCUGAAUGUGAAGCCACCCAAUUUGCGUGCUCAUGUGUCUGCCAAUAUAGCCACCAUCCAGCUUUUCAUCGAGCAACUGCUGGCCACACAGCAGGCCUAUGUCAGUCAGGACAACUCGGUUUACUUUGAUGUCGCCAGCUGUGCGAGUUAUGGCAAAUUGGAGAAGCUGCUCCAACUCCAAGAAUCCAAUCCGCAAUCCAGCGGGAAACGUACUGCAGCUGAUUUUGCGCUCUGGAAGGCCAAAAAGGAGGGAGAGGCAGCGCAGCAAGACGAGCCCAGCUGGGAGGCAUCUUGGGGCGGUGUUGGACGUCCCGGUUGGCACAUCGAGUGCAGCGCCAUUGCGGGCAAGUUCUUUGGCCGGCAGCUGGACAUCCAUGCGGGUGGCCUCGAUCUGCGUUUUCCUCACCAUGAGAAUGAGGAGGCGCAAUGUUGUGCCCAUUAUGAAACGGAUCAAUGGGUUAAUUAUUGGUUGCACACGGGCCAGCUGCAUUUGGUUGGUGAUGAGCACAAGAUGUCCAAAUCACGUGGCAAUACCAUCUCUGUCGAGGAGAUGCUGACGAAAUAUACAGCGGAUGAGUUUCGCAUGGCUUGUCUGCUGUCCAAUUAUCGCAAUGCGAUGCCUUAUGGAGAUUCCUUGAUGAUUACGGCACGUCAAACGUUGCGUAAAUUCAAGAACUUCCAUGCCGAUCUCAGCGCCUAUAUGCAAUUCCAGAAGCCGCUCAAGCUGCUGGAUGAGGGUGCUCUGCAAGCGCAGCUGAAGCAUACAAUGCUCGAGUUUGACAAUAGUUUGAGGGAUGAUUUUGACACGGCACGCGCUUUAGCCGUGCUCAUGGAUCAGAUGAGCAGCAUCAGUCGUUGCAUCAAUGAACAGCAGUCGGAUGCGGAACAGGAGCCGGCUUAUUGCCUGGAUCUGCUGCUGGCAGCGGGUAAUUUCAUUGGUAAUGCCAUGCAAAACUUUGGCAUCACUCCAUUCGACCAACAGCAGCAGGAGCAACUGAAUCCCACAACGGAUAUCAAUGCUUUGAUUGGUGAUCUGCUCGCCGUGCGUCGUCAGCUGCGCGAGAAGGCAAUCGGUGAAUCUGUCAUUCAGAAUCGGCAAAUGUUGGCUGUCUGUGAUCAAUUGAGGGAUCUGCUACAGCGACAUGGGUUCCAGGUUCGCGAUCACAAGCACGGCAGCUCCUGGACUCUGGUCGAGCAGAAGAGCGCUUCAAGCAGCGCUUAGAUUUCAUUUUUAAUCAUCAAAUUAUUGUUGUUACAUAAAUAAAUGAAGAGAUCUGUUGUGGGAUACAUUAAA